ACAACAUGGCGAUUGAUUGAUUGAUUUCAUUAUUUUGUUGCGUGUAAUAUUUGGUUUUUACUUGCUAUUACUGUGAAAAAUCACAUGAGACAUUGUUUGAAUAUCCAAACAUCACCGCCUGUAACGUUCCCAACAAAAUUCCCACGUUUACAUAACAGCUGUGUCUCAGGAAUUUGCACUUUCGGAGUUCAACGUUGGCCAAGGCUUUCGCAGCCGAUCUUCAAUGUGCAGCGGGUGAGAUACCGCGGAUAUCAUUAUGCCAAGACGGAUAGAAGUGGUACCAGUUACUGAACCACCAAAAAAGAAAUGUAAAGUGGUGGAAGAGGCACCACCUAGUUUGGAGGUCAGUUUCUUCGACGACGAGGCGCUUCCACCUGGAAUAAUCUUCACUGACGUGCAGCUGAAGAAAUGGCGCAUCGGAAAACCAAUAGGGCGUGGCAGUUUUGGCCGCAUAUACUUGGCAUCGGACAGUGUCGACAAAGAGGUGACGAAGCAGAACGCAAGAUAUGUCGUCAAGAUUGAACCUCACACCAACGGGCCGCUGUUUGUUGAGAUACACUGCUUGAUACGCACAGCGCAAGUGUCUAAAGUGAACGCUUGGCGCCAACAGAAGAAGCUGAAGCAUGUGGGCAUGCCGGUCUACAUCGCCAGCGGCUCCUUCACUGACGAGUCCUCCGGAGUAAAGUACCGGUUCCUCAUCCUCCCCCGCUAUGACAUCGACCUGCAGAAAGUCAUCGCUAGAACACGGGUCCUAGAUCUAAAGAACGUCUGCAUACUUGCCAUACAGAUCCUAGAUGUCCUAGAAUACUUGCACAGCCAAGGGUACACCCAUUCGGAUAUUAAAAGCUCGAAUCUUAUGCUGGGAUUUGAUGGGAAUAAUAUAGCAAAGUUCAGUAUGCCAAAACCUGCUCCAUCUUUCGAGAAAGAGACUAAGGAAGUGUCUGUGUUGGCCGGUAAGCAGAGGAAGGCUAAGACUAGCAAGUCCAGAGGCUCGAAUUACUAUGAUGAUGAGGAUUUUAUAAUAAAAGACUACAAAUCUGGCUUCAACUGCAGCCCGGACAGUGAAAAGGACAAAAAACUAGCACAAGUCAAGAAUAAGCUGAGGAAAAUAUUGUCAGACAGAGAUAGCAGGACUUUGCACAGACACCAUGCGUUCAACUUGCGGCAAAUAUCCAAUUAUGUUAACUACGAAGAUAUGACCAGCUCUGUUUGCUCUGACCAAUCCUAUCAAAGACUGCUAGAUGACUUUGGAAACAAACGUCUUGGCCAAACAAAAGAGGACUACAAUUUUGUUGUAGAAAACCCCGAAACAGUUUUCAAAGAAGCCAUAUUGUCACAAUCAGCUGGCCAAAUAUAUCUGUGUGACUAUGGUCUAGCGUCAAAGUUCCUAGAUGCCAAAGGUGAUCAUAAAGAGUUUGGUAUGGAUGCGAGGAAAGCGCAUGAUGGGACGUUAGAAUACAGUUCCAGAGAUUCACAUAUUGGGGCACACUCCAGGCGAUCAGACUUAGAAACUCUGGGCUAUAACUUACUAGAUUGGUUGACGGGAACUUUGCCUUGGAAGACAGCAGAAGUUUUAGCAGAACCCGAUCUAGUCCACGCGUUGAAGAAAAACUUCAUGAGUGAUGUUAAAUUGUUGCUGAAAACGUGUUUCAAAACUGAAUUCUACCCGCAAUUCAUUGAGAAGUUUCUUCAGUAUGUGACUAGUCUGGAUUACACUGAAAAACCGGAUUACAAUUACUGCAGGAAUCUUUUCAGGACAGAAUUGGUGAAAAAUGCUGGUGUAGAGAAAGAGUUGUCUCUAAACUUUGAGCCGAAAUCGCCAAUGCGGAAUAAGAAACUAUGUUAUUCAAAAAGGUUUGGUCGGAAGAAUACUCCAGCUGACUUCAUAGCGAGGAAUGGAGUCAAGAAAACAUUCGAAAGAGAAAACAUAUGCUCGCUAGAGAAUGAUUUGAAACUUGAACUGUUGAAACAGACUUUGAAUUCCUCCAGUGAUGGAGAAAGAAAGCCGUGUACCCUUCGCAACUUCUUCAUAUCUGAUGCAGACUUAGUAGCAAGACUGAAAAAAUCUUUAAUGCCACACGAUGUUUUGGGCAAAAAAUUGUCACCGAAAAACCUCAGGUCUAACGCAAAGCAAAUCAAGAAGAGACGAGGAAAAAGGACGCAUAGAAGCAGCAUUGGAAAGUUUGGUAACUUCAUGGGUUCCGCUAGACAGUUUACUUGGGCAGAGAUCUUAGCUGGCAACCCAGAGGACUUGCUUCGCAAAGGAAACAGCAGUUCUGAUGAUGAAGAUACAUGCAAAUACAGGAUUAGAAAGCUGUCUAAUGCGUCGGAAAACUCUAUGGAUAAUGUACAAUCUCCUCUAAGCCAUAAGGAUUAUUUACAAGACUUAAAUCCAACGUAUGCUAUGAAGGAAGUUGUAGCUAACUUUAAAAAGAGAGCUACAGGCAAGCCAGUUAAAGAUACAGAGGAAAUUGAGGAAGGAUUCGAAGGAUACACACCGAUUAUGAUCAAAAUGUACAAAAUUAAGGAGAAGAGAGAAGCGAAAGAGAAAGCUUUGGCAGCUAAAGAAAAGGCUUUGGCGGCUAAAGAGAAACUCGCUUUGGCAGCGAAGGAGAAAUCAGCUGCUAAAACAGUUGAGAAGAAAGAAUCGAAAGAAAAGACUGUACCGAAAGCGGUUAAAAACACAGAAGUUGUGAACACUAGAUGUACAAGAUCUAAAAACGCUUCGCAAGUGUCAACUAGGAGUGCAAAAGUGACAGACGAACCCAAGACUGGUCCGAAACAGGACGUUGAUUCUAAUAAAACUAGAAAAGUAAGCCCUAAGAAAAGUAAUACUAAAUCGAGUAAGAAGGAAGUCAAAGUUGUAAUUGAACCCACAAAGGUACCAGAGAAAGUGACCAAUACAACAAAAUCUACAAGAGCAAGAGAGACAGUAAUCCCAACAAGCAGCAGACGACUAAGGAGCAGCCGACAAACCAAGUAAAAAUACGAUCAGACGUUUCAAUCUUUUUCUUACAGUUUCAAUGAAAAACACUCAUACCGUCACUGUGUGUUAAAACGUGGUUAAAACGCUACGUUUCACUAGGUAUAGAUCGGUAUAGCAUAGCAAAAAGUACGUUUUGUCUGUUAAAAGUUUCAUGGUAGUUUUCGCUAGAGGCGCCACUUUGAUGCGAGGAAUCGAUCACUUUUUUAUAUGUAUUUAAGUUUAAAUCCAAACUUUAAUCCUCGUCUUGCCUCGCCGUUGGGAAACCACCUUAAUAAAGAAAAUUAUAAUUGACGUGGACAUUUUUGAACUUUAGAUUUAUAGGACUAAUGACAUAUUUAUUAGCAAAGGCUACAUGUUAAUUUGGGAAGAUCGUAGAUAAGGAAUCCUUUUCGCCUUUGGCUGUUUCGUCUCAGUAUGCCUAAAGACCUAAAUUUUCAUGAAAAUUUCCUGUAAGAUACUGUUUUAGCUUUCUACAUUCCCAUCACAAUAUUAUCUGCAAUAGUUUAAAAUAUAUGUUCUGCUUAUUGCAGAAGAAAAUGGCCUUACGUUUUGUACGAUAUUCGAAGUUAAAAAAAUAUUUUUUCUCCUUCUAGCUAUUUAAAUAUUUUAUAGAUGUUAGAUUAUACAAUUGGACUACAUGAUUGUAAGUGAAAUUAAUUAUUUUAAUCGAAAUUUUGUCGUGUAUGUGAAUCAUUUUCGUUGUGCGUAUUUGGCUACAUACAUUUAUAGGUGUCAUUUAUUCGCCAUCUUGGAUUAAUCCAAACUUUCUGGAUAUAAUGGAGUAAAUAAAAUUUUCUGUGAUUGAAAUAUGUGUAUUUCGAAUUUACCUGUGUAAAAUGCCUGAUUUAUUUUGUUUUUUAAAUUAUAUUGCUGUGUAGAAGAUUUUAAUGUUAGAUAGAUUACUUUACACACUUAGCUUUGGCUAUUUGAUUUUUUAAUAACUGUCUAGAUUAAAAUUACAGUUAGGCUUUUUUAAUUCGUCGAAAAUGGUGGCAAAAGAUUUGCGUUUAGUUCUCGUUAGUGACUUGCAUUUAGUGAAUGUUUGCUGGUACCCAGCUGUUUCCUGAAUCUAUUCAACUGUAUUUGUAGAAUAAUAAACAUUUUUUGUUAUGUAA